AAGCAGAAGUGGCAGAGCACUCAACAGGUAUAACCCAUCUUCCACCUGAGGUAAUGCUGUCGAUUUUCAGUUACCUUAAUCCUCAAGAAUUAUGCCGGUGCAGUCAAGUCAGCACCAAAUGGUCUCAGCUGGCAAAAACUGGAUCCCUUUGGAAACAUCUUUACCCUGUGCAUUGGGCCAGAGGGGACUGGUACAGUGGUCCUGCUGCUAACCUUGAUACUGAGCCCGAUGAAGAAUGGGUGAGAAGCAGGCGAGAUGAGAGUCGUGCUUUUCAGGAGUGGGAUGAAGAUGCUGAUAUAGACGAAUCUGAAGAGUCUGCAGAGGAGUCGACUGCUAUCAGCAUUGCGCAAAUGGAAAAACGCUUACUCCAUGGCUUAAUUCAUAAUGUUCUGCCGUAUGUCGGUACUUCUGUAAAAACUUUAGUGUUGGCAUACAGCUCUGCAGUUUCCAGCAAAAUGGUUAGGCAGAUUUUAGAGCUUUGCCCUAACUUGGAGCAUCUGGAUCUUACUCAGACUGACAUUUCCGAUUCUGCAUUUGACAGUUGGUCUUGGCUUGGUUGCUGCCAAAGUCUUCGGCAUCUGGAUCUGUCAGGAUGUGAGAAGAUCACAGAUGUGGCUCUAGAGAAGAUUUCUAGAGCUCUUGGGAUUCUAGCAUCUCAUCAGAAUGAUUUCCUGAAAACUACUCCAAGCAGAAUUACUGCAGCUAAAUGGAAAGACAAAGACAUUACUAUGCAGUCUACCAGGCAGUAUUCCUGUUUGCGCGAUUUAACUCAAAAAGGCAUUGCAGAAGAAAUAGACAGUGAGCACACCUGGACUAAGCCUGUUUCUUCUGAAGGUUUUACUUCUCCGUAUGUGUGGAUGUUAGAUGCUGAAGAUUUGGCUGAUAUUGAAGAUGCAGUGGAAUGGAGACACAGAAACGUUGAAAGUCUCUGUGUAAUGGAAACAGCAUCCAACUUCAGUUGUUCCUCGUCUGGUUGUUACAGUAAGGAUAUUGUUGGACUAAGGACUAGUGUCUGCUGGCAGCCACAUUGCGCUUCUCCGGCCUUUGCUUAUUGUGGCCAUUCAUUCUGUUGCACAGGAACAGCUCUAAGAACUAUGUCAGCACUCCCAGAGUCUUCUGCAAUGUGUAGGAAAGCGUUAAGGACUACAUUGCCUAGGAGGAAAGACUUACUUGAGUUUGGGAGUGAAAAAUCUGAUCAAGAGACUGGAAGUGUACUUUUGUUUCUCAGUCUGUCUGGCUGUUACCAGAUUACAGACCACGGUCUCAGGUUUUUCCUCCACCUCACUGAAACAAAUCUCAGGCUGUAUUUGGUGAAGAGGAACAGCUUCCAGUGCUCUGCAUCUUACCUGGCAUACAUGAACUCUGGGAAAUGAAUUUUUCCUUCAGCAAGAAGGCCUACUGCCACAGCACCACAAAGAUAUCUGAGCUUCUCUGUGUCGUAAUUCAUGACUGGCACAGCACAAAGGAUGAAAGAUUACUGAGUCAAUGUCCAGUUCAAACUCCAAGACGGCCCAGAGGGACUGUCCUUAUCAGGGACCUCUCAUUGUGAAAGAGUCUCAUAAAAACAGCUCUGAGCUUUCUUUAUG